AUGGCUUUGGGCUCUGUGCAGAUGGGCUAUCACUCAGUGUUGUAUAUCCAGGGACUACAGCAGCACAGAGGCACCAUGGUGACCAUGCAGAUUCUGCUGCUGACUGUGGUUUUGAUCUUGCCCUUUGUGGAGAAUUUAUCCUUUAGGAAUCCUCAAUACCUUCCCACUUUUCAUCAGCUUCUAGGAAAAUGGUACAUAACUCGCUGGGCAGGAAACCUGCCUAUUCCUGAAAAGAAGAAGUUUACCCCACUGCCUCCCUUUGUUUUUGUCAAAAACAUUAUUGGCAAGUUGGAGUUUAGGAUGAACAUCUCAAAACCCAUCGGCUGUGUUCAGUUCAAGAUAUACAUGGAUGAAGAUAAAAAUAAUUCUAAUAUCUUCCGCAUCUGGCCAAAUUUCUCUAUCAUCUUUAUGUUCAUUGGCGGGACGGACUUUGCUAUUGCUGUCCAUGUAGACAGAUUCAACACAGAAAUGGAAAAGGUGACAAUGCUCAUGGGUCGAAACAUGGCCCCAAGGCCAACAGUGCUAUUGGAUUUUGAAGAUUUUGUAGAAGGCUUACUACUAAACAAAUCAGACAUCAUCAACCCUGGAUGUGAUGAUUCCUGUGAGUUAUCCAGACAAACCUAG